AUGGGCGAACCAAACAGUGCAUACGGAAGUGCUGAUGGACUUCUUCACAAGCUAAACUUUAAAAUUGCUAAUGCCUCAGAUCAAUACAAGAGUCGUAGGAAAAGGCAAAUGCUACUCUUCGUGUCGUCAGCGGCUUUGACUAUUCUUGCAUCAAGAUUUGCCUACAGAUCAACAGUUUCGAGGCAAUACGUUCCGACAUUAUUCCAAGGAAACCAUAUGCCGCCCUUGAGCUAUAAUUUCACAACAGAUGCUGCCGUCGCGGUCGGAACGGGAACACUCUUGUGUGGGUCUGUUGCCUCCAUGAUCACAUUUGGUGUGUGUUGGAUAAUUGAUGUUUCAUCUUUUAAAGAAUUUGGCUGGAGGAUGCAUAUGUUAAUGGGUGGUUACGAAAAGCAGAAGGCACUUAGUGAGAUCCCAAUGGACGAAGAGAGUGCUACAAUUCAAGAUGGCCUCAAUGAUAUCUUAGAAGGAAGGUAUGACUUUGACCUGGAACAAGACAAAUGA